AUGGCUUCUUCUCUCACAAACUGCCCACCAUUCGAAUUCUCAGCAAAAUAUUAUGAUUCAUCUGCAGGUGGAAGCAAUUGCGUGAGGCAAAGCAGUUUCUUUGGAGGGCAACCAGUGCUCAAUCAAGGUGUUGGGUAUUCUGUGAUUCUUGGAUUUGGAGCAUUCUUUGCAGUUUUUACCUCUUUCCUGGUAUGGCUGGAAAAGCGAUAUGUUGGUUCCCGCCACACUUCAGAAUGGUUUAAUACAGCGGGCAGAAAUGUUAAAACAGGACUCAUUGCUAGUGUGAUUGUGUCUCAGUGGACGUGGGCUGCCACAAUUUUACAAAGUUCAAAUGUUGCCUGGGAAUAUGGAAUCAGUGGUCCUUUCUGGUAUGCAAGUGGAGCUACAAUCCAGGUACUCUUGUUUGGUGUAAUGGCGAUCGAGAUCAAAAGAAAAGCUCCUCAUGCUCAUACUGUUUGCGAAAUUGUGAAAGCAAGAUGGGGAACUGCAGCUCAUAUCGUCUUUCUUACUUUCUGCUUCAUGACAAAUAUUAUUGUAACGGCUAUGCUGCUUCUUGGUGGAUCCGCUGUGGUGAAUGCACUCACUGGAGUGAAUAUUUAUGCUGCAAGUUUCCUUAUACCUUUAGGGGUAAUUGUCUACACACUAGCAGGAGGGCUAAAAGCCACCUUCUUGGCAAGUUACAUACAUUCUGUAAUAGUGCACGUGGUUUUAGUCAUCUUCGUGUACUUAGUUUACGUUGCAAGCAGUGAGCUUGGCAGCCCAAGCAUUGUAUAUAGACGCUUGCUUGAGGUCUCGAGCAAGUCUCGUAGUUGUAUAGAGCCAAUUUCUCAUGUUGGGCAAUCGUGUGGUCCGGUUAGUGGAAACUACAAAGGAUCAUACAUAACAAUGCUGAGUUCGGGAGGUCUGAUCUUCGGGAUUAUCAAUAUUGUUGGCAAUUUCGGUACAGUGUUCGUAGACAAUGGAUAUUGGGUAAGUGCCAUUGCUGCAAGACCAUCAUCAACACAUAAGGGUUAUCUGUUGGGUGGAUUGGUAUGGUUUGCAGUGCCAUUUUCUUUGGCAACAUCACUUGGUCUUGGAGCACUAGCCCUUGAUCUACCGAUAACCGCGAGUGAAGCGAGCCACGGACUUGUUCCUCCUGCCACAGCUAUUGCUUUGAUGGGAAAAGGAGGAUCUGUUCUUCUCCUCACUAUGCUUUUUAUGGCCGUAACAUCUGCGGGUUCUUCUGAGCUGAUUGCUGUUUCCUCACUAUGUACAUAUGACAUAUACCGUACAUAUAUAAAUCCAGAAGCAAGUGGAAAACAAAUUCUGAAAGUGUCAAGGGCUGUUGUAUUGGCUUUCGGAUGCUUCAUGGGAAUUUUAGCUGUGAUCUUGAACAAGGCAGGAGUUUCCCUUGGUUGGAUGUAUUUAGCUAUGGGAGUUUUCAUUGGCUCGGCAGUUAUUCCCAUAGCCUUUAUGCUUCUAUGGAGAAAAGCAAAUGCACUUGGCGCCAUUCUUGGGACGAUUAUCGGUUGCUUUCUUGGAAUCAUUACAUGGUUGACGGUUACUAAAGUUGAGUAUGGGAGGGUAAAUCUCGAUACAACUGGAAGAAAUGCACCAAUGCUUGCUGGAAACCUAGUUUCUAUACUCACUGGAGGAGCUGUUCAUGCAGUAUGCAGUUUUCUGUGGCCUCAAAAUUACGACUGGGAAACAACUAAACAGAUAACCGUAGUAGAGAAAGAAAAGACCGAAUUACCAGCUGAAGAGUUCAGAGAAGAAAAGCUGAUCAGAGCAAAGGCAUGGAUUGUCAAAUGGGGUGUUGGUUUUACUAUUGUUAUUGUUAUAUUGUGGCCUCUUCUGACUCUUCCGGCAGGACAAUUUAAUAAGGGAUACUUCACAUUAUGGGCAGUAAUAGCAAUUGCAUGGGGUACGGUGGCUUCAGCAGUAAUUACAGCUUUACCUCUAAUGGAAAGCUGGGGUACAAUCCAAAGUAUACUCAUUGGCAUGUUUACAAAUGACAGACUUAUGGAAAAGAUUGAAGAACUGAAUUUCAAGUUAGGGACUAUUAUGUCUGCAAUUCCUGAAGCAGAGAGAAUUUACUUACUUGAAGUAGAGAAGGCGAAGAAGAAAGAAGCAUCAGAAAUUGAAGUUCAAAUUCUUCCUGCAUAA